GUGUCUAUAGUCAGCUUACGCAAAUGCACAGUGUCAAUAUAAAAUUAUUUAGACAAGACCACACACACAUUAUUGAUCCAAGAAAAGUAACUCUGUUUAACUUGUCACUUAUUGCUAGAUCUAUUAUCACUACUGAACUACAAAAACUCAGAUGAGAGUAGUAUUUUGAUCAUAUGGGACUGAAAGACAACAAUGACUGCCAGUGACUUUCGUAAUUAGACUAUCUAGGAUACCAUAACCAGUGUCAUAGAUCAGCUGAAAAGAUGAGUCGACUGCUGAGACACCUGCUUCAUCCUGCUAAGCUAAAAACUCUUGGCUCUAGAUUGACAAACUUUCAUUUUCUGGGAUGUUCUUCAAUAGGAGUACAGCUCUUGUCCCUUAAAUGUCACUCUUCAAAGGCUGCUGCCAGUGAAUUUGAUGGUACAAGAAAUUUUCUGUUUGAAACCAAAGGAAGUGCUCGGCAUAAGCAAUCCACAGAGACAAGGGCCAAGCUUGUCAUAUUUGACAAGGAUGGGACACUAAUAUGCUUUCAUUCCAUGUGGUCAUCAUGGGCUGACAAGGUCAUCGACAGCAUUGCCAAAAAAGUUGGACUAGAAAUACAUGAGAAACUAUACACAGCCCUGGGAGUUUGUCCAAAAACUAAAAGAAUUUAUCCUGGACUUCUGGCUGAGUCAACUGCACCAGUAAUUCAAGAGGAGCUGGUAAAGCUGUUAGUGAGGGAAGGAGUUGCAGCUGAUGUUGCCAAGAAUGCUGUAGAGAGCAGCUGGGUUGAAGGAGACACAGGCCAGGGGAAGACUGCCAAGUCUAUACACCCAGAGAUAAGAACUUUGUUCAAGAUUUUAAAGGACAAAGACAUCAAGAUUGCUAUUUGUACAGCUGACAACAGGAGAGGUACUCUAAACACUUUGAAGAACUUAGACUUGUCUCAGUACAUUGAUAUGGUGGUGUGUGGUGAUGACCCUUGUACACAGCCCAAACCAUCCCCACACAAUGCUUGGAAAAUAUGUGGAGCUCUAGGAGUAGACCCAAUGGAUGCAGUGAUGGUAGGUGACACUAAAGCUGAUGUGGGUAUGGGUCACGCUGCCAAACUAGGAUGGGUUGUUGGUGUAUUGAGUGGCAUUGGAGACACAAAAGAGCUGCUUCCCGAGGCCAACUAUAUUAUCUCCAAUGUGAAAGAUCUUCUACCUCUGAUUAUGCCUUACAAAGAGUGGAUCAACUGUUACACAUAUUCUUCAUAUGAGCGAGUGUUGAGAGAACCAUUAGAUCUUAAAGUUGGUGAGAGGUCAUCUGUCGACCCAAUAGACCUUAAAAAGUAUGAUGUAGUCAUAUUUGACCUUCAUGGGACAUUGGUCUGCGCUCACACAAAAUACAUCAAAUGGCUUGAGAAACUGUCAGAAAGACUUGAGAAUAAAACUGGCAUGAACUUGGCGCCAUUGAUUUACCAGCAUUUUGGUGCAUCUCAGGAGACAAAGAAAGUUCAGACUGGGCUCUUGGAGUACGGAUCACACUGCCAGUUAAAAGAAGUCCUGGUCAAGCUCUUGAGGAAGAAAGGUUUUCAUUAUGAAGAGGCACUCAUUACAAUCAAUCAGGCUUUCAAAGAUUGUGAGGAUAUCAUGAAGGUAGCCAACGUGGUCUCCCUUGACAAAGAUGUUCAACAGCUUUUCAGGAUCUUGAAAGAGAAUGGCAUGAGAAUAGCCAUACACACAUCGGAAGGGAGGGAAACGGCAGUGAAUGACUUAAAGACCAUUGGCUUGACCUCAUGUGUGGAUAUGAUGGUGUGUGGGGAUGACCCUAUAUCCCAAGUGAAACCUGACCCCCACAACAUACAGUUGAUUGCUGAGGAAAUGGGGACUACCCCAGAGAAAAUUGUCAUGGUUGGUGACACGAAAGAGGAUAUUCUAAUGGGUCAUAAUGCUCAGGUUGGUCUGACUAUUGGAGUCCUGACUGGUAUUGGAUCACAUGCAGACCUAGUUACAGCAGAUCAUGUUGUACCAAGUGUUAGUGAGAUCUUGAAACAUCUGAAAGCUAAAGAAGAUUCUCUCAGGUCAGUUCGUCCUCGUCCAGUCUCAGACACUACCUGCACUAAUGGGUCAGUUCCUAAAAGGUGUUAUUCCACUUUGGCUGGAAAGGGUCAUGACCGCAGGUGGAGACAGUUUUUGCCCUAUCCAGAGCCAAAAGAGUACCACCUUGCAAAACCAAAGUAUGACUACAUCAUUGUUGGUGCAGGUUCUGCUGGGUGUGUCUUGGCCAACAGGCUGACUGAGGAUGGGAAAUCUACUGUGCUGCUGAUCGAGGCAGGACCUAAGGAUAACUCUUGGAAAAUUGCAAUGCCUGCAGCCUUGAUGUACAACCUUUGUGACGACCGGUACAACUGGUACUACCACUCAGAGCCUGAGCCAUACAUGAACAACAGGGUUAUGUACCAACCUAGGGGCAGAGUCCUGGGUGGUAGCUCCUCCCUCAAUGCCAUGGUUUACAUUCGUGGUCAUGCCAAAGACUAUGACCGCUGGGAGAAGGAAGGUGCCAUUUGUUGGUCUUAUGCUGAUUGUCUCCCCUACUUCAAGAUGUCUCAGAGUCAUGAGUUGGGUCCUAAUGAUUACAGAGGUGGUGAGGGGCCCCUCAAAGUCUCAAGAGGUAAAACAAAUCAUCCACUUCAUCAAGCUUUUAUUGAAGCUGCACAGCAAGCUGGUUAUCCUUUCACAGAUGACAUGAAUGGCUACCAACAAGAAGGUGUUGGGUGGCUAGACAUGACUGUCAAGGAUGGCAUUAGAUGGAGUGCUGCCACUGCCUACCUUUGGCCUGCUACUGCAAGAGCUAACCUUGAUACCCUCACAAAGACCAUGACCACUAAAGUUCUAUUUUCAGGGCGCCGUGCUGUUGGCGUAGAGAUAUUCAAGUCAGGCUGGACUGAAACUGUAGAGGCAGAAAAAGAAGUCAUUCUAAGUGGUGGAGCUAUAAACUCACCUCAGCUUCUGUCAUUGUCUGGAGUGGGUGAUGGAGAUUUGUUGAAAUCUUUGGACAUUCCAGUGGUUCAACAUCUGCCUGGUGUUGGUAAGAAUCUCCAGGAUCACCUUGAAGUCUAUGUUCAGCAAGCCUGUACACAACCAAACACUUUAUACUCAGCCCAGUGGAAGUUCCCUCACAAUAUGAUCAAGAUUGGGCUUGAGUGGUUCCUCUUCCAGUCUGGAUACGGUGCUACAUCACAUCUAGAAUCUGGUGGCUUCAUUCGUUCCAGGGCUGGAGUUGAACAUCCAAACAUACAGUACCAUUUCUUACCAUCAACAGUCAAUGACCACGGACGGAAGAUGGGACCUUGCCAUGCAUACCAAGUCCACAUUGGACCAAUGAGACCGACCUCUCGUGGAUCUGUUACCAUCAAGUCUAAAGAUCCCCGUGAGCAUCCUAGAAUUCUGUUUAAUUACUUAUCCAACUCUGAAGAUUGUAAGGAAUUCAUUGAAGGCGUAAAGUUAACGCGAGAGAUAUUUGCCCAGAAAGCUUUUGAUGAGUUUAGAGGUCCUGAACUGGCCCCUGGACCAGACUGUGUCUCUGAUGAAAAUAUUGAUGCCUUUUUGCGAAGUAAGGGCGAUAGUGCUUAUCACCCAUCCUGUAGCUGUAAAAUGGGUUCACCGAAGGAUCCCAUGGCUGUGGUUGAUCCUGACUGCAGGGUGUUAGGAGUGGAAGGCUUGAGAGUGGUGGAUGCAUCCAUCAUGCCAUCUGUAGUUAGUGGCAACUUGAAUGGGCCUACUAUCAUGAUGGCAGAGAAAGCAUCUGACAUUAUUAGAGGAUUGACACCACUCCCAAGAUGCAAAGUGCCUGUAUGGGAACCAGCAGACAUCAAUAAACAAAGGUAAUAGAUCGAGUGAUGUAGACCAUAAACUUUAUCAUCAUGAAAGAUGAAAAAUUGAUUUGACAUAUGCCAUAGAAUUAAUGUUUUGGGCAAAAGACAAGCAUAAUUAUAGAGAUUAAAAAAACACUGCAGCUGACCAUCAACAUCCCAGUUCUUGCUUUGCAUCAUAAAGGUGUAUAUUGCUCUAGUCAGCUCUCAGGCCCAAUUACUUUGAUGUGCUGAAUAGAUUCCAUUGUCACCACUAGUAUGCAAACAGCAAUACAAGUUCUGGUGUUUAUUCAAGAUAGUGUAUACAUCUAAGUGAAUUACACUGUUGGAUGGCAUCUUAACAAUAACAUUAUAUUUAGAAAUAAAGUAACUAAUAAACUACAGUGUUAUACAUAUUUUUUAAUAUGUUGCCAAAGUUGUUUAUUGAUAUUGUUUUAAUGUGUUCUGUAGUCUUCAAAUCGACUAAUAAUCUCUUGAGUUUUAAAAUAUUUUUUUGCUAAAUACUAUACAGCAUUUUUGUAUUAGUGUCAUUUUCAACACAAAAUGUUCUUGAACUUGUUACAGAAGACUGUAUAUAAUCUGAAGAACAUAUUUAUUUUGUUCUUAAGGCUGUUUGUGCUUAAUUUAUUGUUUACAAAUUCAGAUAUCUUCUUUGUUAAUAGCAUUAUUUUGUGAGUGUAGUUCUUGUAUAGCUUUGACUUGAUGAGUGAUCCCAUGUGUUGCUAAUCUUGGUUGUUUGUCCAUGCUAGGACAUGAACCAUAUAUUUAUUGUUCCUCAUUCUCAUUGUGUGACAUCAAACCUAGCCCCUCCUGAUCUUUUUUUUAUUUGUACAAGUAAGCUACAAAUUGACUUCAGUCAAAUUUCUGAAGAAGGUCACAUGCAUCUUUUGAAAACUUUGAUUAAUCACUGAAAUGGUCUGAAAAACCAAUUGUUUUGAAAAAAUAUUAAUGUUCAAUCUGAUGUGAUGUUUUUAAAACUAUUUCAUACAUUUUCAAAUUGUAAUUACAUUGAAUUCCUGGAUGUAUUCUUUUUGUUCUUGUCAGUCUUCUUACAUUAAUUAUUAUUCCUUGUCUGUACAUUAGUUUUGGUCUCUUAUGGUUCAAUUAUUUGUGCUAUGUUAUUGUUUUAAUGUAAAAAAGCCAUAACGUGUAGUGUGGUUUCACUACACCCAAGUAGCCAGUUUAAAUACUGCCCUAUAUAUUUUGUCCAGCUAAUGUCACGCAGUGAUGAGUUUCUUUGAACCCUGUGAUCUCUAUUUAUAUUGUUUAUUCAUUUCCUUGCAACAAAUGUUGGUCUCGACUCUUGACAUUUUAGCGUGUACUUUAGAUGAGAGUUACACUUUAUGAAAUGUUUUAUUUCAUUCUUCUGCUUUCAUUCACUUUAUGAAGAGCUCUAACUGAUUUAUACAAUAAAUGAAUACAUACAACCUGA